CAGAUUGAUUUUGGUCAAAAUCAUUCUUAAUGCUGGCUUUGCCUUUUCACUGAAAACAAUCUCACACUCAGCUCACAGUGAUGCGAUCAAAGAGGACUUUUAUUUUGAAAAGGUAACAGUGCUGAUUUUGCAACCCGUUCAGAGUUGGAGGCAAAGAUCACCCAUAAGCCGCAACACUGUGUGAGAAUUUAGACGAGCUUAGCUUCAAGCUGAUCUGUCAUGUCGUUAUAACAAUGAGGUGACGCAUUCAGAUGGUAAGCACUGUGGUCUUUAAUUGAGAAGCUCCGCCGUGCUCCACCUAGGGACAAUCUGCGUGUGAAAUUUCUGUUUUUGUAAACACUUAAAUUGUUCAACAUAAUUGAACUGAAAUAAAUCGUUUUACUAUGAAAGUAAAACACACUUAAUCAAGAGUUACUUGACUUGAAGUCUAAAAGGAUUAUCUGCCUACCUUGAAAUGUCUAACAGACUGGAGGAAUGUUCACUUUUCAACUACAUUUUCACUUCUUCAUUUAUUAACUACCAAACAGCCGGUCAUGGUGCAGUUUGCACAUGAGCCGCUGUAAAAGCACUGCUGUGUAUAACCUUUGUAAGGGCACUAAGAAGCAACUCGCCUUGCAGAUUGUGAAGUCAUGUUAUUUUUGGAGUUCAUAGCUGGGAGCAUUUCAGGUGCAGCGGGAAUUGCGUUUGGACAUCCGUUGGACACAGUGAAGGUGCGUCUGCAAGCAAAGUCUGUGUAUAAAGGCAUAUUUGACUGUGUGGCUAAAACAUACUCGAACGAAGGACUCCGCGGAUUCUUCAAGGGCAUGUCCUUUCCGGUUCUGACCACUGGCCUCGCCAACUCCGUUGUCUUUGGCUCAUACAGUAAUGCUUUAAAUUACAUCUCUCAGUCUGAUUACGAUCUCCCCAGCCGCUGCAAACAAGCCUCAUCAGCACAAGUCUUCACUGCGGGCUGCUUAUCUGGCAUCGUGCAGGUGCUGGUUUGUGCCCCAAUUGAUCUGGUGAAGGUGCGUCUGCAGGGUCAAACAGCUGCCGAGCGGUACCGUGGACCCAUACACUGUGUAGCCGUCAUACUGCAGGAGGAAGGUGUCAGGGGUCUGUACAGAGGAGGGGUGGCUUUGGCUCUGAGGGACGUACCCUGCUAUGGACUCUAUUUCCUCCCUUAUGAGGUCAUUCGUAAGGCCCUGACUGAGACCGGAGAAGAGCCAGGUACCUUUGCCAUACUGAUGGCAGGGGGCGUGGCAGGUGUGGUGACCUGGGCCUGUGCCACGCCCAUGGACGUUGUAAAAGCUCGGCUCCAGAUGUCUGGAGCUGGCGGUCGGCAGUACAGCGGGGUCCUGCACUGCAUAAGCGUGAGCUUGAAGGAGGAAGGAGUCAGGGUGUUCUUCAAAGGUCUUCUACUGAACAGUGUCAGGGCAUUCCCUGUCAACGCCAUCACCUUCCUAGCCUACGAGAGCCUGCUGAAGAUCCUCUGUGCGCCAGGGAAUCAGAAGCCCUCUCUACAAUCACACAUCUACCACAAAGAUGCCAGUUCUCUACUCUCCCAGCAGGUUUAGACCACUCCUAAUCCCAGAAAUAUGUUAAAUCCAGGUAGUGUUGUUUUUUUACCUUACCGUUUCUUUUUAAAAGCUUUAUUGUAAGCUAUAAACGUGUAAGAUAUGAAUUAACGUGUCAAACUACGUAGUUUUGACUUCGAAAGCUGAUAAGAUUUGAUUUGAAACAUGUCAGCAAUAUGAAACCUGUUUUUAUGAACUUCCACGAAUUGUUUACAGCCACUUUGUUCUGUGCCUGUAUUGUUUAUUUUGAUUCUCUAAACUGACAAAGAAGUGUUUUCAAAAAAUAACAAAACAAGCUACUGCAGAUAUAGGGUCUGGUUGUUGAAAUGUUUCGAGUGUUUCACAUCAAAAAUGAAGAUCUCUGCAAAAAGAAGAAAUGGAGGGUUUAUAUGAUGAGGAAAUUCCUCUCUUAAAACUCACCCAAACCUGCAGCGCCUUGUAAAAGUAUUCAUACCCCUUGAACUUUUGUUUCAUUUUGUCACACCAAGGCUGCAGACUUUGAUGUGUUUUUGUUAAUAGCUUAUAUAAUAAACACGAAGUAGUGCAUAAUAAAGUG